CCCGGAGCGUGGGGUAUGCGCAGCUAACGGUCCCGUCGGGCGGGCUUUCCUCUGGCGGAGCGCGCAGGCGGUGCGCCCCAGCUAUGGAGUGUCCGGGGAGACGGCGGGCAUGACGGCGGCAGGAUGGGCGCGAACAAUGGCAAACAGUACGGCAGCGAGGGCAAAGGCAGCUCAAGCAUCUCAUCCGACGUGAGUUCAAGUACAGAUCACACGCCGACCCAAGCCCAGAAGAAUGUGGCUACCAGUGAAGACUCCGACCUGAGCAUGCGCACCCUGAGCACGCCCAGCCCGGCCCUGAUAUGUCCACCGACCCUGCCCGGAUUUCAGAAUGGAAGGGGCUCGUCCACCUCCUCGUCGUCCAUCACCGGGGAGACGGUGGCCAUGGUCCACUCCCCGCCCCCGACCCGCCUCACCCACCCGCUCAUCCGGCUCGCCUCCCGACCCCAGAAGGAGCAGGCCAGCAUCGAGCGCCUCCCGGACCAGUCCAUGGUGCAGAUCUUCUCCUUCCUGCCCACCAACCAGCUGUGCCGCUGCGCGCGCGUGUGCCGCCGCUGGUACAACCUGGCCUGGGACCCGCGGCUCUGGAGGACUAUCCGCCUGACGGGCGAGACCAUCAACGUGGACCGCGCCCUCAAGGUGCUGACCCGCAGACUCUGCCAGGACACACCCAACGUCUGUCUCAUGCUGGAAACCGUAACUGUCAGUGGCUGCAGGCGGCUCACGGACCGAGGGCUUUACACGAUCGCCCAGUGCUGCCCGGAACUGCGGCGCCUGGAGGUCUCGGGCUGUUACAACAUCUCCAACGAGGCGGUCUUCGACGUGGUGUCCCUGUGCCCCAACCUGGAGCACCUGGAUGUGUCAGGGUGCUCCAAAGUGACCUGCAUCAGCCUGACCCGGGAGGCCUCCAUUAAACUGUCCCCCCUGCACGGCAAACAGAUUUCCAUCCGCUACCUGGACAUGACGGACUGCUUCGUGCUGGAGGACGAGGGCCUGCACACGAUCGCCGCGCACUGCACGCAGCUCACCCACCUGUACCUGCGCCGCUGCGUGCGCCUCACCGACGAGGGCCUGCGCUACCUGAUGGUCUACUGCGCCUCCAUCAAGGAGCUGAGCGUCAGCGACUGCCGCUUCGUCAGCGACUUCGGCCUGCGCGAGAUCGCCAAGCUCGAGUCGCGCCUGCGGUACCUCAGCAUCGCCCACUGCGGCCGCGUCACCGACGUGGGCAUCCGCUACGUGGCCAAGUACUGCGGCAAGCUGCGCUACCUCAACGCCCGGGGCUGCGAGGGCCUCACGGACCACGGCGUGGAGUACCUCGCCAAGAACUGCGCCAAGCUCAAGUCCCUGGACAUCGGCAAGUGCCCGCUGGUGUCCGACACGGGCCUGGAGUGCCUGGCCCUGAACUGCUUCAACCUCAAGCGGCUCAGCCUCAAGUCCUGCGAGAGCAUCACGGGCCAGGGCCUGCAGAUCGUGGCGGCCAACUGCUUCGACCUGCAGAUGCUCAACGUCCAGGACUGCGAGGUGUCCGUGGAGGCCCUGCGCUUCGUGAAGCGCCACUGCAAGCGCUGCGUCAUCGAGCACACCAACCCCGCCUUCUUCUGAGCGCGCUUGGCGCGCGCCGCACGGACCCCACGAACCCCUUUCUAGAAAGCAGCGUAUGUAAGCACCGACCGCCGCUCGCUCGUAACAGCUCUUUCUUCCUGGAAGGUUCUUAGGCAUCCGGCUUUUCUUUCUCCCUAUGUCUGGCGGGCCCACAGGGGUCAAGGGAAGGAAGGGGGAGCGGGGGGGGGGGGG